UGAGGAAGGGAACAGUUAUUGAAUUAAACCCCUCUUGCCCAACGAUGCAUCGGUACACGGACACCUUCCUCUUUCAGCUUUAUCACAUGCUAAAGGUCUGUACGGUCGGACUGAAGGCAUCCGGGCUGGAGAGGCUGUGAGAUGCUUUUGCCGGAUGAAGUGUGACGCACCAGUUGACGGAACUGGCAGACAGCUGUGAAAGAUUAGGUCGGCAUUGCUUCAUCGAAGGACUUUAAAAUCCAGAUCACAAGACUUGGCGCCUCCGUAAAGUACAGUACUAAUAGCGACCACUACCUGAAGAACCACAGUGUCCACUAUAUGACCUUUUAUUCUCUCCGCUCUGACAAAGGUGAUGGACAACGGAGGGUUUUGCGACGAUAAUUAUCAGAGUGGAAGCAGUGAUGAUGAGCUGGUGGAUAUUUCAGAUGUUACAGUGGACUUCAGUGAGGAUGUCCCGCCUCUGGAUCGAGAUUACAGCGCGGGCCGCUGUAAAGCAGAAUGGAGGCCAAACAACAGUCCCAAGCUGUUGGAUCUACUGGAUGACACUGUUCCUGGCAUUGGUACCUACGAGGACUUCAACACCAUCGACUGGGUUAGGGAGAAGUCUAAAGACCGAGAUCGGCAUCGAGAGAUCACCAAUAAGAGUAAGCAGUCCACAGUAGCCUUGCUCUUCAGCAUCAGUGAUGCCUUUUCCGGCUGGCUUCUGAUGCUUCUCAUUGGACUCAUGUCAGGGGCCUUGGCCGGAGGUAUAGACAUUGCUGCCCAUUGGAUGACAGACCUUAAAGAGGGCGUGUGUCUGAACGGGUUCUGGUUUAAUCACGAACACUGCUGCUGGGCUUCCAAUGAGACCACUUUCCAGGAAAGAGACAAGUGUCCUCAGUGGAAAAGCUGGGCAGAACUCAUGGUUGGAGUCAGUGAGGGGCCUGGAUUGUAUGUGGUGAAUUAUUUCAUGUAUAUGUGCUGGGCUCUUCUCUUCGCCUUCCUCGCAGUGAUUCUGGUGAGAGCCUUUGCCCCUUAUGCCUGCGGUUCAGGAAUACCAGAGAUUAAGACCAUCCUGAGUGGCUUUAUAAUUCGGGGUUACCUAGGGAAGUGGACUUUGAUCAUCAAGACCAUCACACUGGUGCUGGCCGUCUCGUCCGGCCUCAGUCUGGGGAAGGAGGGUCCGCUGGUUCACGUAGCCUGCUGCUGCGCAAACGUCCUAUGCCAUUUCUUCACCAAAUACCGUCGAAAUGAGGCCAAGAGACGAGAGGUGUUGUCUGCAGCAUCUGCAGUGGGAGUGUCUGUAGCGUUUGGUGCUCCUAUUGGAGGAGUGCUUUUCAGUCUGGAAGAGGUCAGCUACUACUUCCCUCUGAAGACUCUGUGGCGUUCGUUCUUCGCUGCUCUGGUCGCAGCAUUCACCCUUCGCUCCAUUAAUCCCUUCGGCAACAGCCGAUUGGUCCUUUUCUACGUGGAGUUCCACACUCCCUGGCAUCUUCUGGAACUCAUACCUUUUGUGCUUCUGGGCAUCUUCGGUGGCCUCUGGGGUGCUUUCUUUAUUCGUGCUAACAUUGCCUGGUGCCGUCUCCGAAAGAACACCUGCCUUGGGCACUACCCUGUCCUUGAGGUUGUGGUGGUCACCCUGUUAACAGCGUUUCUAGCGUUCCCAAUCGAGUACACCCGGAUGAGCAGCAGCGAACUGAUCUCCGAGCUGUUUAAUGACUGUGGUCUGCUGGACUCAUCGAAACUCUGCUGCUACACCAGCAACAGUGGAAGCGCAUCAGGAAGCGUUAAUGCCACUGCCGCUAAUGGUCUGGGGGCUCGGCUGGUGGGGCCAGAUCUCUAUACAGCUAUGUGGCAGCUAGCUCUUGCACUGCUCUUAAAGAUGAUCUUCACUGUGGUUACAUUUGGCAUGAAGGUGCCAUCUGGUUUAUUCAUACCUAGUAUGGCGGUGGGGGCCAUAGCAGGCCGACUUCUUGGUGUGUGCAUGGAGCAGCUGGCCAUACGCCACCACGAAGGGGACAUUUUCAGAGGCUGGUGCUCUCCAGGGGCAGACUGCAUCACGCCGGGCCUGUACGCCAUGGUGGGCGCAGCAGCCUGUCUGGGUGGCGUGACCCGUAUGACUGUCUCUCUGGUGGUCAUUAUGUUCGAGCUGACGGGAGGUUUAGAGUACAUCGUGCCCCUCAUGGCUGCCGCCAUGACCAGCAAAUGGGUCGCGGACGCUCUGGGUCGUGAGAGCAUCUACGAGGCCCACAUCCGCCUCAACGGUUACCCUUUCCUGGAGGCCAAAGAAGAAUUCCGUCACAAGACUCUUGCCACAGAUGUGAUGCAGCCACGGCGGGGCGACCCACUGUUGUCUGUGCUGACGGAGAGCAGAAUGACUGUAGAGGAGGUGGAGAGACUCAUCGCAGACACCACCUACAGCGGCUUUCCUGUGGUGAUCUCACAGCAGUCUCCGAGAUUGGUGGGCUUUGUGUUGAGGAGGGAUCUGGUCAUAUCCUUAGAAAAUGCCCGGCGGAAUCAGGAGGGUGUGGUCAGCAUGUCUCCCAUCCUGUUCACUGAAUGUGAUCCACCCAUGUCACCCAGUGCACCUCCUGCAGUCAAACUGCGCAGCAUCUUAGACCUCAGCCCCUUUACGGUCACUGUGCACACGCCCAUGGAAAUCGUAGUGGACAUCUUCCGCAAGCUCGGCCUGCGUCAGUGCCUCGUCAUUCAGAACGGGCGUUUGCUGGGAAUCAUCACUAAAAAGGACAUUCUUAAACACAUGGCGCAGAUGGCCAACAGAGACCCGGAUUCAAUCCUCUUCAACUGAAGACUCUCAAGACUGAAUGGACACUCCUGCACACACACAGACAGAGGGCUGAAUCAUCCUGCGAUUAUGAUGAUGGUGGUGGUAGGACUGUGUGUGUCGCUGAGGUACUGCUAUUAUACAGUGGUGUGAGAGUGGCCUAAGGCAGCUUUUCGCUUUUCCACCACUGGACCUGUUCAGACAGGAGCUGUUUAGCCUUUCCGGAGGCUACAGAGACAAAAAAAUGCUGUCCUCUCACACCUGUGAACCUCAUAUCAGGCCUGAUCUGAAUAGUUGCCAUAAGGACUUGCUGUAUGUGGACCAAAUGCUUUUUCCUACCUACAAAUAUGGGGAUCAACGACUUCUUUUUGCACUUUUUUUUUUUCAUUUAUGGUGCUUUAUUCUACUUAAAAAGUAGCUUGAACUAGCUUCAGAUGGUUGCUAGUCUCCCAGGCUGAUCUGGGUUGCUGGGUUUGGGCAUUUAUCUGAAUGGGUGACUAACUGACUGAGACUGUUUUAAGCCAGCCAACAAUCUAAUAGUAGUUUAAGCUAUUUUUUAGCAGGGUUUCCAUCCCUGGAGUGACGUUUGACCUCGAAAGGAACUUCAGAAGGGUGAGAACAUUCCUGAGAUGAUCUGGGAAACGUGCGUUAAGGGUGUCUUGUCAGAACCUGCGUGUGUGUCGAGCGAUCCCUGUGGGAAGAUGUGCCACCUUUUGUAGAAGUGCAAUGAGAUUUGGUGUAUCAUGUUGAAGUCACACAGAUGCACUUACUCUUUCUCAUUUAUACAUACUAGCAAAACUCCCUCAGUAGUGCCGUUCCUCUGUUUCUCACUCUUUGAGAAGGAGGCUUUGAAGAUAACAUGCCACUUUUGAAAAGUUUAUAUGUGCAUUCGACUUCAACCGGACAGAAGCCAGUGUUGAUUUUUAUAAGGCCUUAAAGGAAUGGCUCAUCCAGAAAUACUGUAAUUUACUCACCAUUUUGACAUUCCAAACCUGUAUGACUCUCUUUUCUUCUGUGAAACAUAAAACAAGACCUUUUGAGAGCGUCUUAGUGGGUUUUUUGUUGAUACGAUGAAAACCGAUAGCAAGUACAACUGCUUGGUUACCAACAUUCUUCAAAGUCUGUUCUUUUGUGUUCUGCAGAAGAAUAAAAAGUCAUACAGUUUUGGAUCAAAAUGAGGGUUUUUGUUUGAACUAAGCCUUCAAUAGUUAUGUUGAAGUGCCCUGGUUCUCCCUCUGUCGUUCUGCUAUUACAACAAGCUAUUUGGUCUUACCAGUGGCAUAUGUUUUCCAAAAAGUCUGUAGUGGCUGCCAAACAACCAAUUUCCACUCAGCUUCCCAAACUGCAGUUCCUGCUUGGCACCACCAGGAGGCACUAUCUCACAGACUGUUCAUUCUGGACAUUGUGCGCCAUCUGAUUGAUUCUUGGCCCGGUUCGCUUGCUGGGUGUGUUGCGGCAUGCUCUACCUUUGGGACUCUUUACAUUCCCCCAACAUCUUUAUGCUCAUAUUGAGCACCUGGGCCCCUCCAUGCUGUCUUUGGAGAUGCGAAUCCAUUCCUCCGUCCAUCACCCUUGCUGUCUUUCUCAUGUUCUCAUGUCGUCCUCAGACAACCUCAGCGAAGCAUCUCCAGGCAACUCCCUUGUUUGUCCGCGAGGAUCCGAUCAUGACAUAACGAGAUCCUCCCUGUAAUGAAAGGGCUAAACGCAUACUGUAGUCCCUUUCCUUGGCAUACUUGUUUGACUUUUUGUCUCUGCGCGUUUUAAAACCUCCCCCCUCCUGUUCCACCCCCCCUGCAUUGGCAUUUGGGUUGUUUAUGACCAAUUAAAGGCAUUUGAUUCUUUUCAUGCCUGUUCUAAGCGCUCUCUUUCCCUGCUCGCCGUAAUUCCCGGGAG